AUGCGUCUAUGGAAAAACAAGUUGCAUUCAGGUAUGGCAUAUGAUCGAGAUAUUGCAUAUAGAACUGACGUCUGUGUAGCUUUGGGUUCUAUGACCUAUAAGUGUCAGUGGUGCAACGCUUUGAAGUGGAAAGAUGAGACACUUGGUAUGUGUUGUAGCGCUGGAAAAGUACAACUUGAGAGGUUAAAACAACUACCUGAACCUCUCUACAGUUUGAUGACGUCAUUUGGUGGUAAACAGGUAACAGCAGACGGUUUCUUACCGACUUUUAAAGUUAAAGGACAGGUCUACCAUUUAAUUGGAAGUAUAUUACCUGAACCCGGACAGGGCGCACAGUACCUUCAAAUCUAUUUUGUCGGUGAAGACGAACGAGAACAUCACAUUAGUCUGGAUCAAAUCGACAAUGUUAUUUGUGCUGAAAUACCCGAUCCCAUACGUAACCCUCAGCUUCACGAAAUCAUUAAAUGUAAUAGGAUUCAUGGCCCUUGUGGCUGUUUUAAUCGAAAUUCACCAUGUAUGAAAGAUAACACGUGCAGUAAACAUUACCCCAAGAAUCUCAUUAAGGAAACUCAAACUGGUGAUGACGGUUAUCCGAAGUACAAGAGACGUUCAACCGAUGACGGUGGAUUUUCCAUCAAUAUCAAAGGCGUAGAUAUAGAUAAUCGUUGGAUAGUUCCUUAUAAUCCAGUACUGUUAAGAACAUGUAACGCUCACGUCAAUGUGGAAUAUUGCAGUUCGGUGAAGUCCAUAAAAUAUGUGUGCAAAUAUGUAAAUAAGGGCUCGGAUCAGGCUUCAUUUGCCUUAGAAAAUGAGAAAGACGAAAUAAAAACUUACGAAAGUGGACGAUAUAUAAGUUCAUCAGAAGCCGUGGGGCGAAUCCUUGAAUUUCCAAUUCAUGAGCGUUUCCCUACCGUUGUUCACCUUGCUGUCCAUUUAGAAAAUGGACAAAGGGUUUACUUUAAUGAACAAAACCUACAUGACAAAGUGAAUAGUCCUCCUACAACUACACUUCUCUCAUUUUUUGAUUUGUGUAAAGUGGAUGACUUUGCAAAAAAUUUGCUUUACCCAGAAGUACCUGCAUAUUACGUUUGGGACAAAAAAAAGUUCCAAAGAAGGAAUAGAGGAGUAAACGUUGUUGGCUGGCCUGAUAUCAAAAGAGAGCACGCUCUGGGUAGAGUUUAUACGGUUCAUCCAAACAAUACAGAAUGUUAUCACCUUCGUAUGCUUCUCCAUGAAAUCCGGGGCCCGAUUUCGUUUGUAGCGUUGAAAACUGUAAAUGGUCAAGUAUAUCCCACUUUUAAAUCCACGUGUAAGGCUCUAGGGUUACUUGAAGAUGAUGAAAAUUUGUACGCAGCACUAGAAGAGGCAGCACUUUGCCAAUCUCCGCAUAUGAUACGGGAUCUAUUUACGAUUAUAUUAGUGUUCUGCCAAGUAACAGAUCCCUUAUAUCUUUGGGACAAAUUCAAAGAAUACCUAUCUGAAGAUUUUAAAAUACGAUUAGAACGACAGGAUUCCGUGGAUGCAGAACACUUAGCGGACGUAGCGUUAAACAAAUGCUUAUCGGUAAUAGAAGAUUCCGUAGAGUAUCUCAAGAAAACAAGUUAUGACUUAGUAGUCUUAGAAGACGUCGUAAGAAACAAUGAAGAAUCUCUGAAUGACGAACAAAAGUUUGCUUACAAUCAAAUUAUUACAAGUGUUAAUAAUAAUGAGGGUCGAAUAUACUUUUUAGAUGCUCCAGGAGGAACUGGAAAAACUUUCUUAAUCAAUUUGAUUUUAGCGAAAGUUAGAAGUACUCGCGACAUUGCCUUAGCUGUAGCAUCUUCUGGAAUCGCAGCAACACUGCUCGAGGGUGAUCGAACGGCCCAUGCUACCUUCAAAUUACCACUCAAUCUAAUAACUUCGGCCACUCCCUUUUGUAAUAUAUCAAAACAAAGUAAUUUUGCGGAAGUUUUAAAAGAUACAAAAUUAAUAGUGUGGGACGAAAUUACAAUGGCGCAUAAGGGUGGUGUUGAGGCUUUAAAUAGAUCUCUAAAGGAUAUAAGGGAAAAUAAAAGGUUAAUGGAUGGUGUAACGGUUUUACUGGCUAGAGACUUUAGGCAGACUCUACCAGUAGUACCAAAAGGGACCAGAACUGAUGAAGUCAAGUCAUGUCUUAAAAGAUCUACUUUAUGGCCUAAGAUUAAUAUACUCAAACUGUCAAAAAAUAUGAGGGUACACUUGGGAGAGGAAAAGUUUGCUAGUGGAUUUUCAGAUCUUUUACUUGAAAUUGGCAAUGGUGAUUAUCCAUCGUUUGAUGAAAUGAUAACUAUCCCAGAAAAUUUGUGUACAGUUGUAACUACGGUUCAGGAUUUAAUAUCAAAAAUUUAUCCAGAUAUUGCUCAUAUUCAUGAUAAACCUAUGGAAUGGUUGUGUGAACGUGCUAUACUUACUCCAAAAAAUGACCAAGCGGCGGCUAUCAAUGAUACACUGCUGAUGUCUUUUGAAGGGGAAGAAAAAGUAUAUACUUCUAUAGAUACGAUGGUCAACAUGGACGAUGCAACUAAUUAUCCGGUUGAAUUUUUAAAUUCAUUGAAACCACCGGGCAUGCCAUAUCAUAGGCUUAUUCUGCGUGUGGGCACACCUAUUAUGUUGUCGCGAAAUUUGAAACCGCCUAAACUGUGCAAUGGGACUAGGCUUUAA